AUGUUCGCCGCGGAGCUUCGCCUGCCGCAGAGCGUGAGGCGGGAGGAGAAGGCGGCGAAGGUAGCGCGGUUGCUCGAGUUGCUGGGAUUGGCAGAAGUGGCGGAAACGAAGAUUGGGGAUGAGGGACAAAGGGGCGUGUCUGGUGGCGAGAGGAAGCGCGUCGCGAUCGGCACGGAGAUCAUUUGCGACCCGAAGAUUCUCUUUCUCGACGAGCCCACGUCGGGGCUCGACUCGACGAGCGCGUUCCGCGUGGUGCGGGCGAUUAAAGACAUCGCGACCAACACGAACAGCAUCGCGGUCAUGGUGCUGCACCAGGUACGACCGUGUUUCCUCUUCCACGUGCUCGGGACAACCACUACCCUUAUCCCGACACUCUCCCCCUCCCUUCCCCACAUCCCCCUCCCUAUCCCCCAUUCUCCUCACCUUUCCUUUCCGCCAACCAACCCCCCCUUUUUCUCCCCCUCCCAGCCCAGCUUCCGCGUUCUCGGCCUCGUAGACCGCCUGAUCCUCCUCGCCUCGGGCCACGCCGUCUUUCACGGCGCGCCUCCCGCGCUGCCGCGCUUCCUCGAGUCGGUCGGGUUCCCCGUGCCGCAGUUCGCUAACAGCACCGAGUUCGCGCUGGAUCUUAUCGAGGAUAUGCAGCGGUCGAGCCGCGGUGUCGCGGAUUUGGUGGAUUUUGCGCGGGUAUAUGAGAGGCAGCAAGAGGAAGAGGAGCAGCGGGAAAGGAAGCUAGGGAAGCUGGGAGAGGAGGCUGCGCUGCGCAUGAAGGGCUUUCAGGAACGUCUCGCAUUUUUCUCCUUCGCCAUCUGUGUGCUUUUCUUCGUCUCCUGUGAUGCCGUUCCCAUCUUCAUCCAGGAGCGGAACAUCUUUCUUCGAGAAACAAGCAGCAGCGCGUACCGACCAUCCACCUACCUGCUCUCCUCCACGCUCGUCUACCUGCCACUGCACCUGCUCAUGGCGCUCACGCUCGUGCUCGAGGCAUGGUGGUGCCUGGGACUGCAGGGUGGGGCACAAGGCUUCUGCUUCAUGGUUCUCGCGUGUUUUGCGAUGCUGUUUACCGGGAAUGCCAUCGCCACGUGUGUCAGCAUCUGCGUCAACCACGUUGUCCUGGCCUAUGCAGUGGCCAUAGCUCUGAUGGCAUACUUCGCUCUGCUCAGCGGGUUCUACAUCGACAGGGAGAGCAUCCCGGACGGCUGGGUCUGGCUGCACUACCUCUCGCCCAUGAAGUAUGCGUACGAGGCGCUGGCGAUCAAUGAGUUUGGCAGGCCCGGAGGUCCCUGUUACUUGAAAGCUGGCACAAUGUUUGAUAAUACACCUGUGGCGCCGUAUCUAAAUGCAACCAGAAUCAACAAGGCCAUGAUGGGGAUGCGGCAGGUGCUGGCUGGUACUCCUUAUAGCAAAAUCACUACAAGCACGUGUUUCCGGGACGGGCCGCAGCUGCUAACGACUACACUGGCGGUGAAUCAACUCGACAUGUGGGAGAACGUGGCGGUGCUGUUGGGUUUUGGGGUGUUUGUGCGGUUUGUCACAUUUCUGCUCCUGGUGCGGUUCAGUAAAGCUAAGCAGCAGUGA